AUCAGAAACUUGUUUGUUUUACUUCGAUAAGAUUACUCCCAACACGUGAUUUCUUAUGUUUACCUUCACAACUGUGCAAAAUGUCACCUAGAUACCUGAUUUUUCUCCUAGUCAUCAAUAACGUCUCAAGUCAAAACAACACGGCGCUGCUACCAAAAAUCGUAGGGGGCUUCGAAGCCACUAACCAAUCCCAGUUUGCCUUUAUGGUGUCUAUAAGGCUCUACGGCCACCAUAUCUGCGGAGGCUCUAUUAUAGACCCUUCUCAUGUCCUCACAGCCGCUCAUUGCUGCCUCAAUAAUGACAACAACAAGCCGUACCCUCCUCACAUGAUGUCAAUAACAGCAGGAAGUCUGCAUCUGAAUAAUGCACCGAUGGUGAAAUCUGUAAAUGCAAUUAUUGUCCACCCGAAAUACGACACCGAGCGUCUGGUCAACGACAUUGCUUUGAUUAGAAUUAGAGGGGUUUUCGAAUGGUGGAGCAGACUUUUGACUGCCAUUCCGAUUGCCAGUGUUGUGCCGGAGCAUGAAUACUGUUUCUCGUGUGGCUGGGGAACCACCAAAUUUAACACAUCGAAACCCAGUAAUCAUCUUCUUUACGUUAACAUUCCAAUAUAUAAUAGAAAAAUGUGUCAAAAAAUAUACCAACCAAUGCCAAUCACUGAUAAAAUGAUAUGUGCAGGAGCAAAAGGGAAGGAUUCAUGUCAGGUAGGCGACUCUGGAGGACCAUUAGUCUGCAAUGGUGUCCUUGCAGGAAUUGUGUCUUGGGGAAGUGGAUGCGGCGAUUAUCCUGGAGUAUACACAGCUGUAGCCAAAUAUAAAUCAUGGAUAAAUCAUUUCAUAAUGAAUUCUUCUUCGACACUGAAAUACAACAUCUUGGCUGUGAUUUUUAAUGUCGCAUUUGCGUUCUUUAUUUAAAAUAAAAACAACAAACAUUAAUUCUUUA